AUGCCCAGAGGAAGAGGAAAGGGAGGAAACAAGAGAAAGAAGGCGAAGAAUCUUGGUAUUGGAGAAAAGAGAGAACUCAUCUUCAAAGAGGAUGGUCAAGAGUAUGCUCAAGUACUUAGAAUGCUAGGUAAUGGACGUCUUGACGCCUUUUGCUUUGAUGGAGUGAAACGUAUGUGCACAAUCAGAGGUACCUUAAAAAAUCGUGGUGAUAUUAUUUUGGUUGGACUACGUGAGUUCGGAGACGAUAAAGGUGAUGUUAUCCUUAAGUACUACGACGAGGAAGCAAAAGAAUUGAAGGAACUAGGAGAAAUCCCAGAACACAUUAAAAUUAAUGAAGGUGAUUUCGGAUUCGAAGAAGAUGGAUUUCAAUAUGUUGAUGGAGAAGAGGAGAAAGAGGAAGAUGACCUCGAUAUUGAUACUAUCUGA